AUGUCAGUCCUGGAUACCACCAAAGACCUGGCUGCUCUGUUCAAGCAACAGGUCCACGAAACGCCGGACGCUGUUGCUCUGGAGGAUCAACAGGUCGUGUAUACCUACGGUCAACUCGAUGAUAAAGUCGAGGACUUGGCAUCUCGACUGCAAGACCACGGAGUCCAGCGCAACAGCCCAGUGGGCGUUCUUCUGCCACGAAGUGCUGACUAUGUCAUCGCUUGCCUCGCAGCCUUACGUGCUGGAGGAGCGUUUCUUGUGCUGGAGUUGGCCUACCCACGGGACAUGCUCAACGAUGUCAUCGAAGAUGCCCAGCCUAUUGUGGUUGUGACAUAUCGAGCAGAAGUCGGCAAGUUCAAGGAGAGCACAGCCCUACUCGUGCUCGACGAGGACGCACCAUCCACGAAUGGCACUACGAACGGCACCUCGCACGACGUUGCCACCGUACCAGACGAGACUGACUUGGAUAAGUUAUCGUUCAUUGCAUACACCUCCGGCACGACUGGUAUCGGCAACCCUCACCGAGCGCCGGUCCUGUCGUACGACUUGCGUUUCGCCUUCUCUGACCUGGGUCCUGGGGACAGAGUUGCUUGUAACGUCUUCUUCGUGUGGGAAAUACUCCGACCAUUACUACGUGGUGCCACCACGAUAGCGGUCCCGGAUGAAGUCAGCUAUGAUCCGGUAGCUUUGGUCGAGCUUUUGCAUGCUAAGGACAUUACGGAGACACUUAUGACGCCAACUUUACUGGCCACGGUCCUAGCACGUCAUCCAAGGCUUGGGGAGAGGCUCCCACAUCUGCGUACGCUAUGGCUCAAUGGCGAGGUUGUCACGACCGAUCUCGCUCGCCGUGCUAGCAAAGCUCUUCCCAAGGUCCGUCUACUCAACGUGUACAGCGCAUGCGAGACUCACGAGAUAGCUUGUGGAGACAUCUCGAAAAUGCUUGAUGAGGAGGCGACCUACUGCCCGGUUGGCCGUCCAGUCGACCAAAAGCACAUAUAUGUACUGGGUGAAGGCGGAAAGGAAGUCGAGGCUGGCACCAGUGGUGAGCUGUACGUUGGCGGAGACAUGCUCGCUCGUGGCUAUCUCAAUCGCCCAGAAACUACUGCAGAAAGCUUCACGACAAAUGAGUUCGUGGACGUCGAAGGUGCUCGAAAGUACAAGACCGGUGAUCUGGCGCGUGUCUUGCCGUCAGGAGAGCUUGAGAUUACAGGUCGUGUUGGUGCAAUGAUUAAGCUUCGCGGCUACUCGGUGGUUCCUGGCAAAGUGGAGGAUGCAAUUGUCUCGCACCUAGCCGUGGGCCACUGCGCCAUCGUUGGGCAUGGCGAAGGUCUCGAGAAGCAACUUGUUGCAUAUAUUGUGAGAGAUUCUGAAAACACAGAAGACAGGCCAGAUGUGGAAAUUGAUGGCUCUGGCCGCAGUCCGGCAGCACGAAAAGUAUUGUCGCAAUACCUUGCGCAGUACAUGCUGCCGGCCUUGUGGAUUGAGCUUGAGCAGCUACCUACGCACGAAGUAUCGGGCAAGAUCGAUACGAAAGCGCUGCCACCUCCUCCAGACGAAAAGCAGGCAGUCACAAGCACUCCCAAGGAUCCGAUCUCCAUCGAUCAAGUGGCCGAUCUGUGGGCAGAAACCCUACAUGUAUCCAGGAAGAGCAUCACGCCAGAGCAUGGUUUCUUCGACCUGGGUGGCCACUCAUUGUCUCUUGCCGAGCUUGCAGCAAGGCUGUCGAGGACGUUUGGCUUCAGGAUACCGGUCGCAAGAUUGGCUGAUCCUGUCACCUUGGAAGGCCAUGUCCAGACUGUGAGACAAGUUCGGGAUGGACAAAUUGCAGCGGUGCAAUCCGAUCUGCCAUCAGCACUACGCGAAGAUUCGACAUUGGACAGCGAUAUCAAGCCACCUAAGGUUAAGAUGCAUUCUCUCAAGGAGGCGCAAACAGUAUUUCUUACUGGAGCAACUGGCUUCUUAGGAGCCUUCCUGCUUAAUGAUCUCCUGGAAAGUACAUCGGCGAAGAUAAUCUGUCUCGUCCGCUUCACGGAGCCGUCAGACUCUUACGUACCGGCUGGCGUGGCCCGCAUGCGGAAGAAUCUGAUUGACCUCGGACUGUGGCGGGAUGCCAUCAUGGAGAGAGUCGAGAUCCUGCCUGGCAAUCUUGAGCGCAAGCGACUUGGAUUGUCACCCGAGAAGUUCAGUGACUUGGCCAAGAGCGUGCAAGUCAUCGUGCACGCCGCAGCCACGGUCAACCUGGUCUAUCCAUACGCCGCGCUGCGAGCUGCCAAUGUCGCUGGCACGCGCGAGAUACUCCGUCUAGCAUGCCUGGGCGGCUCGACGGUGCAAUACGUCUCUACUAAUGGAGUCUUGCCACCUUCGAUGUCUGGUCAUGGCUGGCCAGAAGACUCCAUGAUGUACGUGGACAACGUACCGGAAAAGAUUCAUGAUGGCUAUGGUCAAACCAAAUGGGCUGCUGAGCAGCUUGUGUACGAAGCUGGACGCCGUGGGCUACCUGUCAGAAUUUUGCGAGCAGGUACAAUCAGUGGUCACUCUGCCAGCGGUGCAGCAAAUGCUUAUGAUCUGCUGACUGCCCUCUUUGUGGAAUCGAUCAUGCUGGGGUUUGCACCAGACGUCGAAGGUUGGAGAGCUGAGAUGACGCCUGUCGACUUUGUAUCCAAAGCGAUUGUACAUCUCGGCAAUCAGACUCAAGCUAAGCAAUUGGUCUUCCACCUAGGAGAUCCUGACCCAGUGCCCACGAGCACAGUAUUCGACAACCUCGGCGAGCUUGGCUAUCCCACAGAGCGUAUCGGUUUCGAUGAGUGGGUGGCACUCUGGAACGAGCGGAGAGGUGCUACAAAGGGUGGUGAUGGGGCCUUCACAGUCGAUAUCUUGCGCUCUGGAAUGCCUUCAGUCGACUUUCUGCAGGGCAUAGUCGUGCUCAACAACGCACAAACUAGGCCGUUCCGUGCCAUGGUCGAGCGCCCCAAAGUCGAUAUCGUUCUCCUCGAGACGUAUGCUCGACAUUGGUAUGCUCGAGGUUGGCUGCCACGUCCACCCUCAAGACAGCUUGCUAAGGGCGGCGCUGCUGCGGUCUUCCGCAAGAGCGUCCUGACCGGCAAAGUAGUUGUCAUCACAGGUGCCUCAUCGGGCAUUGGAGCCGCAGUAGCCGCUGCAUUGGCCAGAGAGGGGUGCCAUCUUUGCCUCGGCGCCAGACGUACGGAUGCCUUGGAGACCGUCAAGAAGCGUCUGGCCGUGCGCGAAGGCAAAGUCAUCGUCCGCCAAACCGACGUCACAGAUGGCGAACAAGUUGAGUCCAUGGUACAAGCUGCUGAAGAAGAGCUUGGUCCAGUCGACAUCCUUGUCAGCUGCGCCGGCGUCAUGUACUUCACCAUGAUGGCCAAUGCUCACAGUGAGGAGUGGGAUCGCACUGUCGACGUGAAUUGCAGAGGCUUACUUCACUGCGUAUCGUCCGUGGUCCCACCUAUGCUUGAGCGUGGCAAGGGCCACAUCGUCGCCAUCUCAUCUGACGCUGGUCGCAAAGUCUUCCCCGGCUCGGGUGUCUACUCUGCCAGCAAGUUUUUCGUGGAAGCUACAUUACAGGCAUUGCGAUUGGAGACCGCCAGCAAGGGUCUUCGUGUCACUGGUGUCCAGCCGGGCAAUACUCAAACGGAUCUGCUAAAUAUGAGCUCGGACGAGGAGGCAGUGAAAGCAUACGGAACACCAACUGGUGCGCAAAUCCUCGACCCAGAGGAUGUAGCCAACGCUAUUAUCUACGCACUCAAACAACCGGACUAUGUGGCUGUGAACGAGAUUUUGAUUGAGCCAAGGGAGGAACCUAUAUAG